AUUCGGACUCAUCGUUCCUGACUAAGUGCUGAGCCCCGCCCAUUUUCAGAUCCUCCUGUAUCAUGCUAGUUAUUAUAAUUUAUUAGUGAAUAAAUAUUGUCUGCAGACCAUAACUGAGAAUGACCGGGACCUACUGUGCGUCAUUACUAGCGCGCGUCUCCGCCUUCAACUACGUACAUCUGUCGCGGUGUCGCCCUCCCUGCUUAAUAACGGACGGGUACUUCCUAGCUCCUAGUCAAAUAGCCACUCUAUUUUACUAAUGUGUCUUAUGGUUUGAAGACUCGAGGAUUGUAUAGCUAUGCGACGUACAAUAUAAUCUGCCAUUGUUUAGCACAGCUUUUGCACGCGCUUGUGUUUACAGCAUCACACGAGCAGCGCGUGUGAUAUUGAUUCAGUAUUAGAGCUCUUUCGGUUUCACCAUGGCAAGCAAGGCGCUCCACAAAUUCGUUUGCCUUUGUCGAUACCUACAGGAUCCCUGCCAUGUCGCCAGAUUCCAGCAGUUUUGCGGCGUCCGCGGGACGUUUCCUAAAAAAACCGCCGAGGCUGACGACAGUGACGCGAAGCUUGGGGUCAACGGUGCUUGCGUGGGGCAAUGUCAGGAAGACCGCGCGGCUAGUGGGGAUUCAGCACACGGACUCGCGGGCCAAAGGCUGAGAAAAAGUUUAAAUGCCGCUGGAAAUGAUGAACAGGACGAAAGUCCCGCUGAUUUUCUCAGCGGACCUUCGGGGCGAGAGGCAGAGAGAGACUCCAAAGGCAGAGUGAAGCCUUUACGCAGGAACUCAUUGACUGGUGAGGUUGGCCAGGAGUUCAUAAUCGAGAACAAGUUUCUCUUCUAUCUCUUCACCAUUGGUACCGAGCUGGGCAAUGAGAUGUUUUUCAUCGUGUUCUUCCCUUUCUUGAUGUGGAACGUCGACCCCUAUGUGAGCCGGCAGCUCAUCGUGGUGUGGGCUUGGGUGCUGUUCUUCGGCCAGUCCACUAAAGAUCUGAUCCGGUGGACCCGUCCUGCCUCUCCUCCUGUGAUUAAAGUGGAGGUGUUCUACAACACGGAGUACAGCAUGCCCUCCACACAUGCCAUGACCGGCACCGCGAUGCCCUUCUGUCUGUUCAUGCUCACAUGCAGCCGCUGGGAGUACCCGUUCAUGAUUGGACUGAGCGCAGCUCUGUUCUGGAGUGUCCUCGUGUGCAUCAGCAGGGUUUAUAUGGGAAUGCACUCUGUCCUGGAGGUGAUCACAGGCUUCCUCUACAGUGUGCUCAUCCUGGCGGUCCUUCACCCCAUGCUGGCUGACAUCGACAUGUUCUACCUGUCCCACAGCUACGCCCCUCUGGUCGUCCUGCUUGUGCACGUGGGCUUCAGCUUAGUGGCCUUCUCGCUGGACUCAUGGAGCACCUCCCGCGGUGACACGGCCCAGGCUUUAGCCACAGCUGCCGGAGCCGCGUUGGCAUGCCAUCUGAACCACCAACUGGGUCUGCAGCCAGAUCCUCCUGAAGAAGCUCUACCACUCACCCUGCCACUGAUCGACGGGGCCCUAUUGACCCGCUCAAUCAUGCGGCUCCUGGUGGGAGUGGCGGUGCUUCUGGCCGUCAGGGCUGCCAUGAAGGUGGUGGCGAUCCCGUUGGCGUGCAAGAUCUUCGGCGUGCCUUCAGAUGACGUGAGGAAGGCUAGACAACACGCACAAGUGGAACUCGCAUAUCGGUUUAUUGUCUACGGCACAGUGGCCUUUUGCUGCGCAUUCCUAGUCCCAUUUCUCUUUAGCUUCCUUGGCUUAUCCUGAAGAAAAUCCUGUUAUUUUCCUUUUUUUUUUUUAUCCUAGCUAAAACCUAUACAUUACCUGGACUAGUCAGGGUCCACAGUUGUAGUCAAAACUGACAAACUUGGAUAAGCCGCUUGGGUGCAAACAUGUAUGAUGUUCAUGAUGUUGAUAAUUUCACUAGCUCCAUUUCCAUGCUAAUUUGUUUGUUAGUAGAUUUUAUUAAUCUGAUAAAUUUAAGCAGGGUUUUUAGGCACAUUUGUUGCCAUCUGUGGGAGAUCAGUCCGCUGUUUUUCAUGAAAGCGAGUGCAUGUGAUCAUCAGAGCAAAUUGUACUGUUCAAAGCUCAGUGAUGUUUAAAGCCAUUCUCAGAAAGUUCUCAAAUGUUUCCUGCAUUUGUCUUCAGUGGUUUCUCCUCAGCAGACUGACACCCACCCAUCCUGAACCCAAUACGCAGGAAUGUUUCUCGCUAUAUACAGACUUUGUCUCAAGUUUAUAGUCCUUUCCAUCUGUUUUCAGUCUUCGGAAAUGAACUAACCUGAGCGACCACCCUUGUCAGACAUUUGUAUCCAUGGUUUUCCCUCAAGGGCUCACUCUCAUAACAAUUUGUAAUUUUUCAUUUAUCCCAGGGCUUGUUUCUUCUCCUGUGAAGAAAUGCUGUGGCUCCAAUGGUUCAUUCAACGGUUCAGGAAAGACACUCCAAAUUCUGAGAGCUGUAGAAAGUUCUGUUCUUAUCUAAAAACGGGUUGAACUCAGGCCUCACAAUAAGCGGUAAUGCAUUGAGAGAAUGAGGGUAGGGAACUUCCUGUCAGUAUGAAUGCUGUAUACAUGAACUUCCUGUGGAUGUGUUGCUCUGAAACCCAAGCCUGGAAAAGACCGCUCUGAAUAUGAAUGCCACAUAUCUUUCUUAACAUUCUGCCAUUGUCAAUAUAUUAUCUAUACACGUCUGAUAUGUUUUUAAGUAUUACUACAGAGAGUAAGAUUAUUUACGCAGUGAGUGAAUAGCUAUGUACUCUCAAGCAAAUUGUACUAUUUUAAUUUAAACAAAUAAUUACAAGUAGACUUUUGUAACAUUUCUGUUGUUGUUUUUCAUUUUUCUUCCAGUUCUGCAUAAAGGGAUAGUUCACCCAAACAUGAAAAUACAUGUAAUGAUUUAUUCACUGUCAAACCUGUAAAACGUUGUCUUCUGUGGAACAUAGUCCAGUUUUUGGACCUCAUUGAAAAAAAAAAAAAAAACCUGGAUCCCAUUCACUUUAAUUUUAUGUUUAAAUAUAUAUUUAUACAUAUUUCAUUUUUGACUGAACGUGUCCCUUUUUACAUCUGUCAGAUUGUGCUGCAGAUGUUCUGCAUGUCUCCGUUUGACUUCUUUAAAGGUUAGUUCACACAAAAAUGAAAAUUCUGUCAUUAAUUACUCACCCUCAUGUUGUUCCACACCAGUAAGACAUUCGUUCAUCUUCGGAACACAAAUUAAGAUAUUUUUGAUAAAAUCCGAUGGCUCAGUGAGGCCUGCAUUGCCAGCAAGACAAUUAACACUUUCAAUGCCCAGAAAGCUAAAGACGUAGGGUGAAUUCAGGUUGAUUGGGACACUUUUUCCCAGUCAUCUCAAUAACAAAAAGUGUCCCAAUCAACCUGAAUUCACCCUAUAUAAAAGUUCAUGUGACUACAGUCAAAGUCCCUUUAAGACAAGUCGGCGGCCAUCUUUGAAACGCCUCUCAGCUCCUAUCUCUUUAAAUGUGGAAACAUCAUAUUCUUCAAAGCUGUUUGCCAAGCUUGAAUUAAAUUAAAUCACCAAUGAAAUUUGACAACAACUGUCUCAUAAAUUUUGUUUCUAAACGCUCAAAUCAUGACAAAAAAAAAAAAAAAAAGGUAUUCUUCAGGCUGGAUCGAGCUAAUGCGCAUGCGCAGUCUCUUGUGCCUCAUUUCGGAGGCGCACGUCUGACUGUUUCUAUAAGACCUUAUGUAGCCCCGCCCCUUUUCAGCGUUGCGCUCGUUGUCUUUUGACUUCCGGUUUGUAUUUCCAUAGCGAUCUUACAUUUAUGAAUGAACUGCUCGUUUUAAAAUCUUCCCGGUCUACUGACAUUUGUUAAGACAUAUGCUUUAAACAUUAAAGCAGAACCAGCUUAACCACUUAACCAGCUAAUUAUUCUUUGACAGCGAUGCCAUAGAAAUGUACAGAGCUACCGCAAAACGGAAGUUCAAAGACAAUUUUAUAAAAGCACAACUGCACAACUUUUAUAUUGUUUUUUAAAUAACAUUAAUAUAUAUAUAAAAAAAAUUGUAGAACUAUUUCUGAACAUUCGUUUGAUCUGUGUACAAAAUAUUAUGUUCAUGUUGGCAUGUAGUUUAUUAUGUACAGUAUUAUGUACAGUAUUUUGUAUGCUAUUAAUCUGUUAUGCUGUAUUUGGAAAAGCACAAUACACUUUUUGUAUUUUGAAUUAAGUCAUAAACAUAUUUCCAGUAUGUUUUAUGUUAUCACAUUUUCCGAUGUUCAACAAAACUUGACUAACAUGCUUUUCGUUCUCUUGAAAAAGUACACACAUGCGCAGUAUCAUCAGCUCAUCGGUUCUCAAAUCGGACAUGUCCAAAAGAAACGGUUCUCGGUUGUGUACUGGUGAUCCGAAAACCGUUGCAACCGAUUCUUGACUCGAGAACGAAAACGGUGACAGGCCAUGGACGUUCGUUCGUGUGCGCCGCACAUGCGCACUCAUAUCUGCUGCUCGUGCUCAUCAUCAUCAGUUCUCUCUUCACAGCAGGUAAAGUCAGUGUACUGUUGGAGUAACUGAAUAACUCCGGGAUGUUGGUUUAUUUCGAGAGGUAGUGUCAGGCACGUCAAAAGUGAGUAACUUUAGUAAUUUGUGGAUUAGUGUUUGCUUACUGAAGAUGCGAACUGUUUGGAACGAUUCAAUCCGAUUUGGUGAACUGGUUCGACCGGUUCACUGAAAAGAACCGGUUAAAAAGAACGAUUCGUUCUCGAACCGGACAUCACUAUGUUAUAGUCUUUGCUACAGUGGUUCAACCUUAAUGUUAUGAAGCGACGAGAAUAAUUUUUGUGCGCCAAAAAAACAAAAUAACGAUUUUAUUCAACAAUAUCUAGUGAUGGCCAAUUUCAAAACACCGCUUCAUGAAGCUUCACGAAUCUUUUGUUUUGAAUCAGUGGCUCGGAGCGCCAAAGUCACGUGAUUUCAGUAAACUUGGCUUUGUUACAUCAUAAGUGUUUCGAAAUGUCACGUAAUGUUCACGUAACUUUGGCAGUUUAAUACGUGAUCUGAAUCACUGAUUUGAAACAAAAGAUUCGUAAAGUUUCGAAGCUUCAUGAAGCAGUGUUUUGAAAUCGGCCAUCACUAGAUAUUGUUGAAAAGUCAUUAUUUUGUUUUUUUUUGGCGCACAAAAAGUAUUCUCGUAGCUUUAUAAUAUUAAGGUUGAACCACUUGAACUGUUUUAAAUGUUUUUAGUACCUUUCUGUGCAUUGAAAGUGUAAAUUGUCUUGAUGGCAAUGGGGGCCCUCACUGAGCCAUCGGAUUUUAUCAAAAAAUAUCUUAGAUGAACGAAGGUCUUACGGGUGUAGAACGACAUGAGGGUGAGUAAUAAAUGACAUAAUUUUUUGGGUGAACUAACCCUUUAAGACAUCCAGGUUGUCCCAUACUGUCAGCAGUUUGGAGAAAAUCGACUGAACUUCCCUGCUUUCUUCACUUCUGCAGUUUUAACCGUUUAAAUAUGAAUGUGGGCAUGGUAACAUGUAUUUUCAGAUUCCAAGUUGUCGUCAGUAUUAACCUAGGUAGUUGAUAUGUUUGUCUGUCAUUGAACUAGUGCCCUGUACUUGCAGUAUAUUUUAUUAGUGUGUUCAGUUUCACAAGAAAAUGUUGUAAAGCCAUAGAGGACAGAUCUCUGAUAUACAUCCAUUGCUCACUGCUCAGAAACCCCAGUGCCUUGCAUCCUUGUUUUCAGGGCAACUUUACCCUCCAACUAGGCACAAGACACCACAGCUGUCUUUCUGUGAACAGUUUGGUAAUGGUGCAAGUGACAGAAAUAUCAUUACACUUCCUUAAUGUUUAUUUGCAAAACUUUUUUUUUUUUUUUUAUGUGCAACUUAUUAUCAGGUUUCUGGUAACACAUUUUAAUGGUCACAAAUUAGUUUGAAACAAUUUAUCUGUGCACCAGUAUAAUUAAAUUAAUGAAAAAGGUGUGCAUAUAUUCAAUUGUGAUCAGUUAUACAUAUAGUAAAUGUGCCAUAACUGAAUGAUAAGCUGUUUUCAACAGUCAUUUUACAGUGCACUGAGCUGAAGUGGGUAUCAAAGAUGGCUAGAUGAUACAAGGAAAUGCAUUAUGAAUGAAGCAGGUACACCCUACCUGUACUGAGCUUUGAGCCCGUUCACGGUCAUCUAAACUCACAAAUGUACUGUAUCUGUAAUCUAUGGCUACUUGUCUGCAAUGCUCUUACCAUUUUCUGUAUUGGCAGUGAAUAGAAACUAGUAUAAAUUAACACUG